AUGUCUUAAAGCUUUUGCCAAGAAAUUUUAUAAUCAAAUCUCAGAAAGGAAAUAUUACUUGAUGAUAUUGAUGAAGAGUUCUCUGAAAGCGAUAAGUUAAGACUAUUUGAUUUAGGCAUUUCAGAUCUUUACCUGAUAUACUUAGAUUUAACGACAAUCAAUGAAUUUAAAUAAUAGCAUAAGUCUUUUAAAAGUAAAAACUUAAUCUUACGCUGGAAAUUCUCUGAUAAGAGUGUCAAGGAGAAUUAUGAAUAGAUAAAUGGUAUUGGUAUUGAAUUCAAAAUAAAAACACCGGAAAGAUUAACUAAUACGCUGGAUAUUCACACAGUGUAAUACGAUGAUAAGUUAUUUACAGAUAGAAUCAUAAAGGAUAAAGAUAUUUACUAUAAGUUUAAAAAUGCUAUCAUCAAUCAAAUCAAGGAAUCUGAAAGUCUUCAAUAAGUCACUAAUGUCAUUUAAAACACUCCAAGUUUAAAUUUCUUUGAAUAAUCAGCUAUUUUGAGAUAUAAGCCAAGUAAUUUAAAAGGUUAAAUAACUAAAAAAGAAUUUAUGAUAGUUAACCACAGAUAUAUUGAACUAGGCUUGACAAAUACGGAGGCCAGGAAUUUAGAUAAAGAAUUAUAACAAAUAGAACGAGAUUCAAAUAUUCUAUAAUCAUUUUUCAUAGACGAGGAAUAAUACAGGUUAUUUAAUUAAAGAGUUUUAGAGUAUUUAUAUAAUAGAAGGAGGACAAUUUUCGUACCUUACUUGAAUGGGAGGUUUGAGGAUCAUUAUAUAAGUUUAAAUGACAUGAACUUUGAUGAAAGGACAGAAAUUUAGGAAUCUACUAUAUUCCCUCACUUCAUGAGUCAAUAGGAUUAUAGGGACACUCUAAGAAUAAAAUCCAAUGCUAUCAAUAUAAUUUUGCAUUUGGACAUUAAUAACAACAGAGAGCAGUAAAAGCUUAUUAGCACCUUGAUUUAAAUGAAUAAGAACUUGAUUUCUUUCUAAUUGAGCGUUUAGUUCUCUUAUACAAAUAUCUCCAACUCUCUUACAUCUAAGGAUAAUAUUAGAAAUCUUUAUUACAAUGAUAUGGAGAUACUAACUUAAAAUUCAAUAUCAUCUUGUGAAAAUACCAAUAUUUGUGUAUUUCCCACUAUGAUCAUAAAUGGAGUAGUGAUUGAUUAAAGCUAGCUAUUAUUGGUCUUAACUCAUCAAAGUGAAUCCUAUAUUUAUAAAUAUCUAAAAGAAGUUAUUUAAAAUAAUGCAGAAAACACUGUAAAUUUGUUCAAAGAUGGAUAUAUAGAUUAAGACUCUGAUUUCAGGACUGUGUAUUUUGAAUUCAAUAAGAAUCUAAUCAGGACAUAGGUAUUUAAUAAAGACACAAAUAACUACAGACAAGGUGAGAUUUUCAGAUCAAAUAUAGUUAUGGAUUACGAAGAUAUUUUUGAAAAUAAAGACAAUUAAAGAAACAUUGAAUUUGAAGUCAUAUUUAGAUUAAAAGAAUAAAAUGGAUAUUCCGUGUCUAAGCUGGCUUAGUCCUAGUCACUAAUCAAAAAAGAAUUUUACUUAGACAAUAAAUCUAAUAAAACUUAAAAUAGUUACCCUUUGCAAAUUUAAGUGAAAGCUCAUUUGAUGUAAAAAUAUUAUGUCAGAGUAUUAUCAGUGCUCAACUAAUUUAAGCAAGAUAAUAUAGACAUGAAGCUUUACAUUUUUGACUCUGAGAGAUAGCUUGGACUAGAAAAUAAUCUUAUCAGAUUUCAUUACUAUCGACUGUACUAUGAUACCAAUUAAAUUGAUUGCAUUAAAAAAAGCAGUAAAAUUAUGAAUAUCGACACUGAAUUUAGAUAUAUUCUUUUUGAUAUUGACCAAAUUUAAGGCUUGAAUUUCAUUGCAAAAAAUAUCAGCCAUUAUUUCUCCUAUAUCAAGGAUGAUAUUAGAAAUAUUAGCAUCUCUCAUAAAGUUUUUGGAUUUAAUUCUAGUUUGGAGCUUGAUAACGGGAGAUGGAAAAAAUACGAUCAUAAAUUAAAACUAGAUUUUCAACUAAAGGAGAUUUCUUAAGUAGUAUAGCUAUUUUAAAAAUAGUCUGACAUAGGGGUUUAAGAAAAUAAUUUUGCUACUAAGAACGCAUUUAUAAUCAGAGAUCACAGAGGAGUAAAAUAAAUAACUCAUAAUAUGCUAAACUAUCUUUAUAUUAGAGUUUAAAACCCUGGAAGACUUUGUUUAUCAUUAGCAAAUUAGCUCAUUCUAGAAGUUAGAAAAAUCUCUUGGCAAUCCUAUUAACCUAUUUUUUCAAAUAAGCGGUACAAAGGGUAAAAUAGUUUCAAGUUUUACUUCAUUGAAAAUCAAUAUAUGAGUCCAGAUUUUAGAUAAAAUCUUAAUGCUCUAAGUGAGAAACUCAGUUUUGACUAUGAAUUAUUAAAUUAUUAAUGGCCAGAGGUUAUUUUAUAAAGGGAUUUUCAACCUGGAAGAAAUUUCAUCUUUUACCGAGUGUUAUUUUUAGAUUAACUCUUUCCAUAAGAUGUGGACAGAGUAAUAUUUAUGGAUGCUGAUUAAGCAAUUAAAGAUUUUACAAAUAUUAAGGAACUAUUUGAGGUUGAUUUAAUGGACAAACCUUAUGGAUUUGUUUCCCAUUGCAGAUUAUUACAGACAUACUUUAUCUCUCAGUACUGGAAAUAACUUUUGCAAGAGAGAGGUUUAGAUUAUCAUUUCGGUGGUUUAUUCAUUGCUGAUAUUUCUAAAUUCAGAUACAAUAUUUAUGGAGAUUUGCUUAGAUCGGCAUAUUAGAGACUAUAAAAAGAUGAGUUAAAUGAGAAUCUUGGGCUUUUGGAUUAGGAUUUAGUCAACUACAUCCAAAAUUAAGUGCAAAUUCACACUAUUCAUAAAAAAUGGCUGUGGUGCGAAGCUUGGUGUGAUAAGGAAGAUGAGGAGUUUGCUAUGGUUAUAGAUUUUUGCACAGACCCUUUUAGGCUCUAGGAGAAUAAAUUCAAAAGAGCUGUAAGAUUAAUAGAUGGUUAUUUAGAUCUAUUUGAGACUGUAAAAUAAUAAAUAAAUGAGUGA